AAUAUUUGGAUACCACAUAAUCAGCUAUUAGCAUACCUUAGUUGGAACCAAUAGUGGCUGUUGUAAAGACUGUGUUGCCUGUUGUUAGUCGGUGAACUCCUUUUCAGGUGUGCGUUGUGAAAAGCUUCUUCAAUGAGCUGACGUCAGACACCACCCCCAGCUUUACAAUUCCCGCCUAUAAUUGCCAGCAACAGAAUAUUGCAGUUGGAAUAUUGUUUCUCACCAGAGGGGGACACGCAUGGUGCAGUGAGGAGGUAUAAUUUCAUCGUGGAAGAAGAGCAAAAUGCCACCAAAAAGGAUGUCAAAGCAAAAGAGAGGAAACAAAGCUGCUGCAGGAGCAACGGUACCAAAGAGGCCAAAGAUUGAGCACAGAUCAUUACCAAAUGUGAUUGGUGAGGUCUUAACGCAUGGAGAGGGUGAUACAGGUCAGCUGGGUCUAGGAGAGAACAUUUUGGGAAGAAAGAGGCCAGCUAAAGUUGAUCUACCUGCAAAUAUGGUUCAAGUGUGUGCUGGAGGCAUGCAUACAGUCUGCUUAACUGCAACAGGAGAGGUGUACUCUUUUGGAUGUAAUGAUGAGGGAGCAUUGGGCAGAAAUACUUCUGUAGAGGGAUCAGAGACAAGGCCUGGAAAGGUGGAUGUACCUGGUCAUGUUGUCAUGUUGUCGGCUGGGGACAGUCACACAGCAGCCCUUUUAGACAAUGGACAAGUAUAUGCCUGGGGCAAUUUUAGGGAUGGUAAUGGCAGGAUGGGAUUGUUCACUGCUGGACAACAAGAGAACCUUCCUGUGCCACUGCCUAUAGACAUCCCCAUGGUAAAAAUUGCCUCUGGCGGUAACCACUUGGUAUGUCUCUCCACUGAUAGCAAUAUUUACACUUGCGGCUGUGCCGAACAAGGUCAGUUGGGUAGAGUAGCUCAAUGUUUUUCUAAUCGAGGAGGUCGAAAGGGACUGGACUAUGUUUUAAAACCAAAUAUUGUGAGAUGUUUGCGAUACAAAACCAAGAGGACAGCCUCGUUUUCUGAUAUUUGGACAGGACAAGAUUUCACAUAUGCUGAGGAAAGCAUAAGCAAAACAGUUUACGGAUGGGGACUUAACAACUACUGUCAAUUAGGCUUAACAGACAUGAACAACCGGUAUGUACCAGCCAGAUUACUCUGUUAUAGUGAUGAGAAGAAAUGGCUGUCCAUUGAGGGAGGAAUUCAUCACACAGUGUCUCUUGAUGAAAAUGGCAAAGUUUAUACCCAUGGCCGGGGUGAUUACGGCCGUUUAGGCUUGGGCAAAGACUGUCAGCACGUGCUCGUUCCCACAAUGGUUAUUGGAAUUCGGUCAGAAACAUGCACAGGCAUCGCUGCUGGCACCUGUGUAUCUUUUGCAGUCUGUCAAGAUGGGAAGAUGUAUGCCUGGGGCAUGGGCACAAGUAAACAGUUAGCAACUGGAGAAGAGGAUGAUGAGUGUCUACCUGUUGUUAUGGAAGGGAAACAGUUAGAAACAAGAGCUGGGGUAUCGAUAUCUGCUGGUGGGCAGCACACAGUGAUUUUAGCCAGAGAAAAGCCAGAAGAUUCCAAAGAUUCCAAAGAUUUUAAACGUGAAUGUAUAUAAUUAGAUAUCACCAAGAGCCUCUCAUUGUAAACUGGAUUUAACUGAUCUCACAACAACAAAAAAAUUGUAAUUUCAGGCUUGAUGCGUAGGAUAAGAAUAAUUGAUAAUGAUAAAUGAAAUUUGAUGAAUGAAUUCAGAGGAUGCUUGUGAAACAUUGCUGUUAACUGAACUUACGCAAACUUUGUCUUUGUUUUUUUCCUACAUGUAUGUUUACCAUGUUGUAUGGGUGUGUAUUUUGAUUCAUCUAAUUUUUAUCAGAUAUAGGUAUGUUAUUUGCAAAAAUUCAUUUUCUUGACACUUUGCCCACAUUACGAUCAUCAUAAUUUAGCCCUUGCACAGGUUCGGCCAAACUGAUUUUGUAUGCCUACUAAUUGUGGAACUUUUGAAACCACACUAUGUGCACUUAAAAAUAUCUGCAGACUGCUGUUAGUAAAAUAUAAAAAGUUCCUUUUAAUUUUUGUAUUAACAUUGAAAAAUCCUUGUCUAAAACAAUAUUAAAUCAAAUUAUGUGGCUACUGGUCUUGUAAAUUGCCAAACUGGCUAGGAGAGUUUAAGUGUUAAAAUAUUGCUAUAGACGUUAACGUAUUAAUACAUACUUUUACUAUGCAAAGCCACGGUAAUAACAUUUUAUACAUGUAGCAAAUUUGUGAAUAAGUGGAAGGUAUUGAUUUUCUAUGGAAUGAAAACCGUAUUGAUAUAUGUGGAUACAAAAAGGUUAAAAAAAUUCUAAACACAAAAAAAAGAUGCGUUAUUCCAACGAAUGCCCCCAAACCUUUGAGUGGUUUAUGCCUACAUUAAUUUAAACGGUACAUAAUGGACUCAUGAACUAUACCCACAGGUCUGCACUUUUACUAUGACAGAAAUAUUUCAUUGUGAUCAUUUUACGUGUAUUUAGUUUCACUUCUCAUCGAUAUCAUUUCAUUGUGAAAGAACUGCAUUUACCAUUUAAUCGUAGUCUCAACAGGAAAUUCUGUGGAGGUUCAUUGUGAAAGAACUGCAUUUGCCAUUUAAUCGUAGUCUCAACAGGAAGUUCUGUGGAGGUUCUUUUUAUUUUUAUCUCUUUUAUGUGUGCAAAUAGCGUAAUAAA